AAUUAGCUAGUAGCAAAUUUUACUUUAGCAUUAGCUUUGUCGGAAAACUAGCCGAAACUGGAUACAAUAAGAUCAAAAUUCUUGCUCCAAUAUCCAAACUUUUUCCACCACAGUAGUGGUGACUGUUCAUAUUCACUUGGUGAGAACAUUUGGUAACAAUUCACUAAUUGAGACUCAACAGGACGAGUGAGAAUCGCUCACAUUCUUCAGGGAGAUUUCCACUUAUGGUAAAUAUUUGACUAAUAUGUGUUGCCAAACUAAAGUAGACAUUAAAAUUUAAUAGCUAUUAAACAUUACAUGUACAACACAUAUGCUUGGUUAUAAUGUGAAUUUUAAUGGCUAAAAUUAAUAUUCCAAAUUAAUUUUUAGGUUGUAGUGUAGGGAUCUCAACUUGCGAGAGGAAGACAUUAGUGGUCUUGUCAAAAUCCUCUCUCAACUUCGGUAAAUAACGAUUUACUAAUUUUACUGCAAUGGUUAACCUAGGUGUCUUACAAUAAAGCCAGUAUAAAAUAAAGAUGAACUAAACCAUAAGUAUCUAUAAAAUUUAACCUGAAUAUUUCGUGACUUGGAGUAACUUCAGUGGCAUAUUGAAGUUACACUACAACAACAAUAAUAAUAAUAAUGUGCUUUUUUUUGUGUACAGAUUUUUCUUGGCUUAACAGUAGCGGUUGUACAAGCAGCUAUUUCUGUCGCAUGAAUAAUUUAUCAGCCUCAUAAAUAGAACUCUUCCUGCCACAGAGGCUCUGAGCCUCGACUUGUCCUGCAUGUCCACCAGCUUUGUUUUAGGUUAGUAGGCUAACUCAUGUGGACAGGCGGGGAGAGAGGGGAGGGAGAGGAGUGGAAAAAAAAUCCUAUGCAGGCUGAGAGGACACACUUCUCUCCGUCACGUGUAGCAGCUCUUUGUAAAAGGUUACAGCGGCUGCCUUUAACCCCUUGGAUCCCUGCGCCGCGACCGUGCCGUUAAACAUUUCAACACAUCUGGAGCUUGGAUGUGUCUUUUUCAUCCCUUCUUCUUCUUUUUUCCCCCCCUGCUUUUCUUGUUUACAACUUACACUCGGACUAAUGUAAGCCACGCGCGGACAGCCCCCACGCUGCAGAUGAAGGGUGAGGUCCUGCGUGGGUUCGAGAACAUCUGGAUCAAAUGUUGGGGUUAGAGGAGCCUUUCAUCUUGCAGUCAGCUGCAAAGAGAACAGAGCGAGGAAAGGAAGCUGAGACCAAGGCUCCCCAAGAGACUAACAUGCUGAGGUAGACAGAACGGCCUACAUCCUGCAGCCGGUGUGGAGAUUUAGGACGCUUCGUCUUCAGCUCAGCAUACUGCUGUUCUGCUGUUAAAACAUAUAACAGUCGAGACUGGAGACUGAUCUAAUUCACCUCUGUUCUUUUGGACGCUGAAAGGAGAACCCCGAAAGUGGAUAAAUGAGGGUUGCCAAUGUUAAACUUCACUUGUUCUUCAUCUUUUUGAGACCUCUGGACACUUGAGUCCCAAACGAUAAACAGGCUGCAAGGCGUUUUCAUUACAACCUCAUCAUUUCAAAGUGGCUGCUAUCAGUUGCAAGAAUGGAAAAUUUGACGUUGAAUAAACCCUCAGGGAACAACCUCAACAGCAUCGAGACCUUCGACGGUUACGACGAGACUCUUCAGGGGACACCGGCUCGCUUGGGGCGUCUCAUCAAACCCAAGCCCAAUGUUACCUGCAGACGGAAGCGUCAGUUUAUUUCUGACGAGAAAAAGGAUGCGUCCUACUGGGAGAAAAGGCGCAAGAACAAUGAAGCCGCCAAGCGCUCUCGGGAGAAGCGCCGUCUCAACGACAUGGUUUUGGAAAACCGUGUCAUUGCACUGAAUGACGAGAAUGUGAGACUCAAGACCGAACUGCUCCAGCUAAAGCUGCGUUUUGGCCUCAUCAGCACAGCUUCGUACAUUGAAAAGAGCCAACAGAUCAGCGUGGCAAAUGAUGGCGGAAACGGAGGCUCUUCCUCGUCCUCCUCCUCUAAUCAGUACUACUCCAGCGGUUACUCAAGUGGUUCUCAGGUGAUGAUUAACUCAGACUCCUCGGAAACAGAGCAGUCGGGACACAGCGAUAACCACAGGCAGCUGGUGAAGUACUCUCCGCGUGGCUCCCUCUCUGAUAUGUCCGAUGGCUCCUCGAGGGACAGCCCUGAACCGAUGCCAUUUGAAAUCAAACAGGAGGGAGACAGGCUGGAGAUGGACAUCUCAAGUGACACCACAACUCAGAUUAUGUUCAACAUCCACAGGGGUCCGGCAUCUACGUCCACAAGCCACCGGAUUAAGCAACAUCAGGAGAUGGAUGCUGCGUAUCACCACCACCCGCACCUCCUGCAACAGCAAUCGCAGCCCCAUCAGGUGACAGUCGCUGCUGUCAAAACCACCAGCCAGACUGUCCCUCACCCACCUGCUGCCCAAAGAAGUGUCAUCCUGUACGGCGCCAGCAGUGCCUCCUAUCCUGUUGAUGUUGUGACCAGGCCCCAGGAUGUAGAUCUGCAGGUAGCCUUAAAGCACAAUAGUAUUCAACUGCAGAAGCCCAUCACAGAGACCUCCAUUGAGACUCUAGCUGAGGUAACAAAGCAGCUGGAGAGAAAGACAUUGGACUCUCCUCAGUAUGAGCCAUCAGAGAGCUUUAAUGAGGCUAUAGAGAGAGAGGUGUACAGAGUCUGUCAACCUACUCAACAGCAGGAGGGUGGAUCACCCAAAGAGCUCCUCACUGAACAGGUGGAAGGGGUUAGGCACACCCAGUUGUACCACCAUCUUCAACAACCUCACCAUUCCUACCGCAGUGCACAAGAUGAGGAGCCACCAGUGCUUAGCUACGAGGGUGGACCCAGAGCCGAUGGUUACCUUCAAAGCCAAUCAACGUCGUUAAGUGACGGCGAUCCGUCUGACAAAGAGGCGUCAACAGACGAUGAAGAAUCCCUAUCUUUGUCCUGUUCGGACAUGAGCAGCAUCCACAACCAACAUCUUUCUGGGAUCCUCCAAUCUGGUUCACCUCUUCCCCAGUACCCAGGCUGCUCCCAGAUGCAGGGAUGGGAUCCUCAAGGAGAGGUUCGGGGAACGGCACUUCCCCACAAACUUAGACUCAAACACCGGGCCAUGAGCACCGGAAGUAGCGGCGGCAACUGCUCCGGACAGGAGUCCCCAACCACUCCUCCCUCUGCUACUCCACCUCCUCUCCCUCAGCACCCCUAUCUUUCCCUCUCGCCGUUGCAGAACAUUAAGCGAGAGAGCUCAAGUGGAGCUUGCCAACUGGUGGCGUCAGGAGAAGGUCCAAAGGAGAGUGACAAAAAGGAAAGCGGAGGGCAACGAAACAAGAGGCGAGAUUAGGAGGUGUCACUUUACAACUUGAAGAUUUAAAGUUCUCCCCUAAGACUACUCUGCCAUCAUGCCUUUGCCCUACUAUGAAAUGCCCUUCUGAAUCUCUGAGGACCUAAUUCUGGGCUAUAUUGCCCACCAACUCCCAGAUUCAAGAAAAGAACGGACAUAUUAUAGGCUGUGUAUCAUAUUUGUAUAUGUUGUACAGAUUUAUUUCUUACAUCCUCUCCAUACUUACUGAAGCAUGUUUGUUUAUGGGGUGAGGAGAAAUGGAACUCCCUGUUUUUUUCUACUCUUCUCAUUCAACAGUAUCCAGUAGAAUACACCGGCGAAAGCACACUUUUGAUAUUAUACAAAAAAGGAAUGUAAACAAAAACAACAACAAAAAAAAUCAAUUCACAACAAAUUUGAUACAUAUCCAGCUGUAGAUAAACAUACAAAUGUAUGGGUCUAUGCCUUAACUAUAAUCAGAUGCAAAUGUACACCUGGGAUAUCCCCUCGACCAAAGAAGCACCAACACUACAACUACUAGUUUUCAUGUCUCACUAACUCAUCCCUCACUCUUUCCCUACAAACCAUCUGCAUUAUUUCAUAAGAGAUCAUGUCACAAUUAUUUUUGAAGCACUUCUUUUGUACAUAAAUGUGAUAUAAAUGAAUAUAUGUAUCUAUUUUAAGCAUCUAUUUUAGGAAGAAAAAAAAUACACAUCCAAUAAAAAUGCAACAGGAGAGAUACAUCUAAAAAUGACAGUCCUCUGACAAAUCACAACUAUCGCACAGUAGGGGUGUAAUGAGAACUUGUAGCAAAGAUAUUGCAGCGAUAACCAUUUGCCGACAUCAUGUCACUGCGUCUAGUGAAGUUUGUAAUCUAUUAGUAUGAGCCCUGGGUAUGACGAUUUGUGCUUUCGGUUUGAGAGCUUCUAUGUUUGAGAUUUGUAUUUUGAAGUAUGAAAGGAAGUAGUUCCAGAUUAGCCUUUUGUAUUGACGGAAUCUGCUAAUAAAGACUGCUUGUAGGCUUCCUAACAAGUUUUAAGUUUACAUGGAAGACUCCACAACUUUUAAAUCAUUGGUCUGACAGCAUUUUGGUUACAAUUACAGUGACAUUCCACAUAAAAAUGAUUCAAUUGCGACUAGCUAGCUGCCGACAACGCUAAAGCUGGUACCUGUUUAUGCUUCUGUCUGUCCACGGACAGACCCGUCUAAUGGACACACCGCCAACAAAGCUAAAGUUAGCAUCUGCUUUCAUGCCUCCUAUCAGGGCCAUGAAAAUUCGUUAUCGUGUGUCAUGUUGUCUCAUAAUCUGUGUUGUUACACCCCUACUGUACAGACAUGUUGGUUUUGGUUGCAGCAGGAUGCAUUUAUAUUAAACCUUUCUCUUCUGGUUGUUGAGCUUUGGCAUUAAUCAUUGGUAAAUGUCGUGUUUACACAGAAAUGGCCAUCCGUUGCGGAGAGCCAGGAGCACUGAAAGGAGAAUUUGUUUCUCCCCGAGGCGAAGGCCUCAUUAAAAUGUUUGGAUUAAUGAACCUUUAACCAGCCUUUAAAUAUUUGGUGGAAAUCACCGGCUGCAGGCUGUAAGCCUUUUUUUAGUUUCUUUGAGCUUUAUCGACCAUAUCUUGUUGUUACUAUUCACUGGCCCGAUGUAUUUAUUUCCUUUGCCCGUCAACAUGCCAUUCACUGUACAAACAAAAGAAAAGCACAGGAACGUAGACGGAGAAUGUGUACAGACCCCUUCAGAUACAUAUCAUAGCUUAAAAGUAGAACGUUACAUUCUGGCAAAGGAGACAAAAGCAAGAGGAGUUUAGAAAGAUUCAUGUAGAAACACUGCAGUGCACUGAGACUUAACGUAAACCCUGAAUACCUACUGUUUACUUAUGUCAUGGACUAUGGUUCUGUAAUGUGACCAAAUAUGAUUAUCAAGGCCCAUGACACACAUUGAAAAUUAUUUCUUUAAGGGGCAAGUAUUAUGUUAAACUGACUUUUUUGAAUUUUGCAUCUUGUUGAAUUAUUCCCUUGCCAAAAACACACCUAGAGUGUUGUCUUGAUUUGAGAAAUCCUUUAAUCUCCCUUGGCAACCAUUCAGCUGUGCAGAAAAUGCCUGGGUGGACCAAGCCCCGCCUUCGGGACGCAGCUGCUACUUGAAGGCGGAGUUUCUUAAAGAGCAUGAGCUUUUAAAGAGCUUUUUAAAUUCAAGGCGUUGAGUUACAAAAUUAAAUUUCUUUUAAGUCAUAUUUGACAUAUAUGGCAUGUUUUUUAACAACUGCAGGUAACAUAGUUACAUGAUUAUGCUAUAAAAUGAUACUAUGUGCCUGGAAAACACAUAAUACAGCCCCUCUUAAAAUUAGGCUAAAUAACUUAGUUCCAAAGGCAAAUUCUGCUUACAAUUAAACUGGACUAAAUUUCUUAUCUUGAGCUUUAACUAAAAAGAGGGCUCCAUCCUCGUUUCCUGCCUCUAUUAUGCAUUUCUAGGGGUUGUAAACCCCCUAACUUUCAUGGUAGCUCUGCAACUGGAUUGUGACAAAAUGCCUUCACUGGAUUCUAGUUUAAUGUCUAUGUACCAUGUUUGGCUUCUGUUUUUUUGUUUUGUUUGUUUUUUCCUUUUUCUUUUUGGUGCUUGUGUAUAAAUGUAAAGCUUUCACAAACACUGUAACGUUUGUUUCAUUGGGUUUUGUAUCCUGUUUUCUAGUCCAGGUGACGUUCCGUUAUCCUCUAUGCCGUGUCUUUGCUCCUAGCGACUGUGAUGACAUGUGUUUGCCUCAUUCCUCUUCGUCCCCCUCACUUUUAAAGUGUGUAUUAAAACGGUAAUGUUUGUGGUUUUUUGCUGAUAGUUUUUAUGAAAAAAAAAAAAAACAAACAAAAAAAAAUAAAAAAUAAAACACGGCUACUUUGGUGUGGUGUUCAGAGACGGGUGGUGGUUGGUCCGGCUGGUCAUUACAAUGUAAAGACACUAAAGUUCAUUGUUGAAAGAUGGGAGCGUUUUGAGAAAAAUAAAAAGUGAUGUUGCCCUGUCGACAUAUCAAUGAA